AAGUGAAAUAUUAUAAGUGUUUUUUGUUUGAAAUUGGGGCUGGGCUUCAGGAAAGUUGCUGGAGGGGGAGCAGGUUGAAGUGAAUUACUUUUUUGUGAGUUUCCCCCCUCCCCCCUCCCUCGCAGGUUGAUUGAGUUUAGUGCCAGAGGGGCUGGGAUCUAGUCACUUUCAGGAGAAAGGUGUUGGUUAACGAAAUGGCGCAGUUGUUCAGCAUUUGCUGGUUAACGCUGGUAUUCCUUCGCCCAGCGACCUCAGGCUCCGUGCAGGACAGCUGUCUCAGAUCCUACAAUGUUUCCAGGGGAUUGUCCUUGCACAGUCAGAGUUUUGAGGCUGGGGCAGAAUUGCUGAGCAGCAGCCUGGUGCAAAGUUCCCAGGCCUGCCUGGAUGAGUGCUGCUCAAUUUUAGGCUGUAACCUGGCUCUGUGGCAGGAGACUGCAGUCCAGGGAAAACAUAUCUGUCUCCUGGUCAACUGCCUCUCGGCAAACCAGCCGGUCUGUACCUUCACACCGCGGCCAGGAUUCCAGGUCAGCACCCGCUUCCUGCCCGCACACAGGAGCAUCGACCCCACCGGCAGCCCGCAAGUGGAUUGUCUCAGCCCAUCUAAGACCGGCCCGUGUCGUGCGUCGUUCCCGAGGUGGUUUUACAAUGUUUCCUCUAAGAUGUGCAAAGGGUUUAUUUACGGGGGCUGCUUACCAAAUGGCAACAACUUUAAGAGUGAGCAGGAUUGCUUGAAGCAUUGCCAGGGGGUCACAGCGCCAGCAAGUAAUUAUGUGCCAGUAUCGAGCAGGAGUGUCAUUGGUCUCAAAGACUGUUCAACACCGUGUGUAGCGAGUCAGUUUCAAUGUGCCGAUGGCUGUUGUAUCGCUCGCCAGCUCCUGUGUGAUGGGACAACCCGGUGUUUGGAUAAGUCGGACGACAGUUACUGCCAAGCAGUUCGUGAUAGUUACGACUGGCUAACCAAGAAGCAGGGUCCCAGCCUGCAGGACAAUGAGCGAUGCACUGCCCCUAAGUAUGUUGGUAGCUGCCGUGCCAUGUUUCCCCGUUGGUACUACGAUCUGAAGUCACAGACCUGCCAGGAGUUCACCUAUGGAGGCUGCAAGGGCAACAGGAAUAACUUUGUCAGUGAGCACCAGUGCCUGGUGGCAUGUGCUGGUCUGAAGGAGCAUCUGCCUGAGCCCCAGAAACACCAAAGCAACGUGGAUGACCAAGACUCCUGCUUCGCUCUAGCAGUGACAGGGAAGUGCCGAGCGUCCUUCCCGCGGUGGUAUUAUAAUCCAGGCAGCCGGGCGUGCGAGCGAUUCACCUACGGAGGCUGUGGAGGGAACAAGAACAACUAUCCCUCAGAGUCAGCCUGUAUGGCCAGGUGCUCAGGAAAAGCUGAUAAUUCAAAGCAAGAUCAUGGUGGGAACUUUAAUACACAGCAUCACCCCGAAGCUCCUCAUCGCGUUCCUGCCAUUUCGAUGGUGAUCCUGCUGUCGAUCUGUGUCCUCGUGCUGCUGGGGGGAGUCAUCUACUUCAUUGUCAAACUCACCAAGAGUGACCCUGUUGCCUCCUACCAGCGAGCGCCUCAUGGAGAGGACAAAGAGAACCUCAUCAGCACUGUUCAGAAUCUGUAAGGCGCAGGCCGCUCUGUCUGUGGAGAGUGUGGCAAAAAAAAAAUAA